UUCCUCGCAAGGUCCUGAAGGAUCGCUUCGAGGAGCAGCCAGAAGAGGAUGAGCUCGCGGCUGUAGCGACCGGCGACUCCGUGGACGACGACGAAGAGUUCGAAGGUUACGACACAGACGAAUUCUUCAGGGAGAGCGCAGCUUUCUCGCCGUCCCCCAACCUGGACGGCAACCCACAUGACAAGAAUCUAACCAAGGACUUCACACAAAGAACAACCCCCAGACCACCCCCUCAUGCCAAAGCCAAGGGUGGUGGAGCAGACAUAGGGAAGUCUGGCCUGUAUACCACCCCUCGACCCCCAUAUAACAAUUUGUACAUCCCUGCUCACUAUCCUGCUGACCCCGCUACACCCAAAGACAUGCAAGGAGAUGAUUUCUCAGAUGAGAAAUUCCGCGAAAAUACCAACUGUACCAUCACCAUUUAUACCAACGAGAAAACUCGAGCGAUUGGCUUCAUUUCCGAAUGGCUAAAUGCAUACAGAUUUCUUUCACAGAACCGAGAGAAAUUCUACCUGUACCUGAUCCUCAGUGUCGCAGCGGGACUGUUGCUGUUCCUGGGUUUGGUGAUAGGGCGGCUACUGGUUCAGCGACAUCGGGCACGUCGUGAGGCCAAAUUCCAUGCCACUGCAGCGGCAGAACAUUCACUCCCCAACGGUUUUGCAGAUGAGAUCAGUGAGAUUGAUGCCGAUAUUGAUCUGACUGUGGGAACACCAGUGCCAGCACCAGUUGUGUCAGUACACUGUCCCCCCGGAAGUGUUGCUGAGGUGGUGCGGUAUGGCAGUGGAGCCUCAGGAACUCUGAGGCGUGGUCAGCUGGACCAGGAUGUAGGUCCCCCCCGAAGUCUGAACAGAGGUGGAAACAGUCAGUAUUAUUAUGGCUGACCAGAACUAUCUGGCGGUCCUCUGGUGCUACCGCCACCUCCCCCUGCACCAUCUGCCCCUGGCCCAUCAAGUAAUAUCUGCCCAGGAACACGUACUUAUUGCUUCUAGUGCCAUCCAGCAAUGGGAGCUGCUGACAUUUUUAUAUGUGACACAGUUGUGUACUGAAGAGGUGAGUGUCGACAGAGGUUUACUGUGGCCGGUUCUUCUGACACAUCUCAGUGCAGUCUGACCUGGGAUAAUUAUGUUGCUCUUUUAGUACUGGACUCAAAAUCUUCUGAUGUCGUAAAGUCCUGCUCUCUUUCUGUCCGCAGUUUAAAAAUACUUAUAUUGAAGGUAUAAAAUAUACAUGUAAAUCAUGACCAAUAUAUUUCACUCAUGAAAAACCAAUACUCAGCUGUAGCACUAUUGCUAGGAUACAGACAUAAGAAUUACUUAAGAGGGGAAAUAUAUAUAUGGAAAUUACUUUAUGGGUAGCCCUCAGUAAUUUGUCCCAAAAGAGAAAUGAUGAUGAAAAAAAAACAAAAAAAAAAAACAGCUCUUUCAGACCAUCAAUACGUCCUUCUGUUAUAUUUUAAAUUUCAAGAGUUUCACAUUGAACACUUUUUUACCAUCAUAUUAUGUAUAUCAGCACAUUUAUGUUUUACUCUCCUUUAUGUGCUGAUCACCAAAGCGCUUUCUUGGCUUAUUCUGGAAUAUAUAUAUAUAUAUAUCAAUGCCUUUCAUAUCAUCCCUUUCAAUUGUAAAGUUUGUAAAUUCAUAUAAAGCAGUUAUGUAAACAUCUGAGAAUUGAGGUUUUCAUGGCAGUGAAUAUUGAGGUUAUGGUCUUCUGGAAUGUGACACCAUGCUAUCUGGUAGAUUGUAACCAACACUCCCAAGGAACCUAUUACCUCCAUCUUCAGGCUAGAAGAAGAUUCUGCCCUGAAAACUGAGUCAUCACGUUGCUCAGAAACGUUAGUAAUCUUGUACCAGAAAACACAGUGUUACACAUGUGAAGACUGUAAUCUGUGUAACAUGCAUAUUGUCAGAAGGCCAGCUACCAGAGCCAUCUAGAUGAUAAACAUGACUGCAGGGAUGUGCCUGGAUUACUGGCCAUAGGCCCUGCUGUUGCUCAAAUCAAAGGGAUAUCAAACCAAAUUUCAGUUUGAAGAGGAACUUCAGCAGGAAUCAUGAAGACUGUACAACAGAGAGACAGCAUACCUCAAAAGGAUGAGGAGACAUUUUGCAGUAUCUUACUUUCUUGCAGGAAUAAAAUGCAAGUUUAUAAGUUUUCAUCUUUUCAUGGCAGUGAUUGUUGAGAUUGUGGCCUUCUGUGUUGUGACAUCAUGCUGUAUUGUGAGUGGAUACCAACAUUUUGGAGAACUAUACUGACUCCAUCUUCCCCUCGUUACAUCCUGCUUGUAAAAGCUAACUAUAUCCUUUCGUUAUACACUUCAACCCAGCAAAUGUAUUUCCAAAAUUCUGGUAUCCAUCUGAAAGAUCAUACAGUGGCACAACCCAUAAUAUCACAGUCUGGAAAAUACAAAUUUUAUGUAAUCCUAUAGCAUAGCUAGGACAGGAAGGGGGUGCAGUUGUUACACUCACGCCAUGAAGAAUCACCUGCUGUACAUUGCUGGGCAUUGAAUACUAACAUUGACAUGACCUACAUAAAAGCACUCAUUCUUAUACUCUCUUGUGCAUUUACAGUUGGAACAGAGUUUUCUAAGCAACAUUAAGUUUUGCAAAGGAAAACUAAUAUGUCAGAUAAAUCAAACCAAAGAACAGCACGUUGCUGCCCUAUGAAAGGGAUGUGUUCUUGAAAAUAUGGCCAUGUCAUCAGAUUGCAUAACACAUAAUUCCUAUUUUUGCACUGACUCCAAUUUUAAUGAGUAGAACUGCAUCCCAGUGGAAAAAUCUUCAGUUUACAGUUGUAAUAAAACACACUUUUUUACCCAUCAGAAAUAAGAAUAUGUUCGUUUCAUGUUUUUUUAUUGGCACCACUUGCACUUGAAGCUGACGGUCUCUUUUCACAUGUCUUAAAUAAGGACAGUGUAUUGCACAACCAAAAAGAUGGGAAUAGUGACUAUACUACUAGCUAUCGCCCUAUGUCGCUAAUAUAUUCAGUCUGAAUUUCUUAGCAAAUAAUCCUUUCUAAAAAAUAAACAGUUUUAGUUAAGUUUGUUGUAGUGUUGUCCGGAGAGUCCGAAGGAAAAACAGCAGUAGUCAGAAAGAGAAAAGCCACAAGCACCAAGGUCGCCACCAUCCAGGAUCUCAGUAACAUGCAUGUGUAGUUUGUUGAGGCACUAUGCUACAAACAAGAAGUUUGUCAGUUCAAGUCCCAAUGAGAU